AUGAUCACUUGCGCUUCUUUCCAUGUCAUCCAGGCUGCAAAGGGGAAAGCCGCCCCGGAAUACGUUGAACUGUACCACCUUUGGGGAGGCAUUCUUGUCGAUUGCCUGCCGAAUAUGAAGUGGUCCAAUCAGGAGAUCGCAGACGUUAUCACUUUGGUUGAUGUCCACGCCAAAGAGCCCUUGUAUACUUCGAGGAGGAUUGCUGGCCGCGUUUUGGGCGCACUAGCUCAAUGCUUUGACCGGAAUAGGAUUGAAAAGAUGAUCCUUCCGCGCACCGUUAAACUCUUUGAGGACGGUGAUGUUGAGGUGCGCGGCACCAUUGUUGAAAGUCUUGCAUCUGUGGGAGCCGCUUUGCCCAUACGGUACACAGAGACAGAGAUCUGGCCGCGUAUCGAACGCCUGCUUGAACCCCCAGAGGAGUCGCGACUUCGAGCCACAGCUAUGCGCACCAUGGCUCAUAUUCUUGAGUCUCAUCGCGAAAAGGGCGGUCCCAGCAAACUCUUCAAAGACCUCCUACCACCUGUUUUUGAACGCUUAUCCAUUUUUGCUCGAAAGUAUUCUGCCGAAGACCAGCGUCUCGUCAACGACGAUACUUACUUGUUGCUCGAAGUCGCGUCGGAGGUCUUUGGGCAGUUUGCGUAUUCCCUCGCUUCGAUUACGAAGAGAUCAUUUCGAAAGGAAGCUUACAAGGCGUAUGCCGGAAUGGCGACUUGUAAUGGGCCAUUGAUACGAAGGAACUGCGCUUUUAAUCUACCUGGUGUUGCAAAAGCUCUUGGCGAGCGGUAUGCGUUGGAAUUGAGCGGACUGUGCGAUUACUUGGCGAAGGAUACCGAUGAAGAAGUGAGAUUGAUCUUGGCUGCCGGAAUUCAUCAGACGGCUGCUCUUUUAGCCCCGAAGGGAAAUUUUGAGGGCUUAUUUACAGCGGUCUGUUCCUUGCUGCAGGACGAGAACCCGAUGGUGCGAAUGAAUGCCUUGGCGCAUUUCCACGACAUUUUGUGUGCGUUUGCGAAAGACGGGACAGAUGCUGCGUCGGUGCGCAGACUAGCCCCGGUUUUUGACGACUUGACUGUGUUGUCUGAGGGAGAGUGGCGCAUCCAAGAAAGCUUAGCCGAACAGUUAGGCAAAUGCGCCGAAAUCAUUCCCCCCGACGCACUUUUGGGGAAUGUUCUACCCCUGCUAUAUCGGCUAACGGAGCAAGGUACCCCUCUCGUUCGUGAGGCAGCAAUGGAAGCUACUGCUAAAGCCAUCAGGCAAAUUCCAUCGGAAACAGAUCGAAAUGCCGCCAUUCAGCAGUACUGGAAGGAAGCAGCACGCGGUCCUUUUUGGAUGCGACUUGCUAUGCUUGAUGGGGGUACCUCUGCUAUGAAAGUGUUCAGUCGCAAGCGCUUUGCAGAGCUCUUCGCCGUUGAUAUGCUUCAACUCGCGAAUGAUCAAGUCGCUAACGUGCGGAUUCGCGUUGCGAAGCUGUUGCCCGCGAUGGCUCCAAUGUGCAUGUCCUUGGAUGAGUAUAAACAAGCACUAGAGGCCCUUCGAAGAGACUCGGAUAUCGAUGUGGUUGCUCUCAUUGAAGUUUAUGAUGAGAUACUUAAUACAAGUCUCAAGGAGGCGAACGAAAAAAUUACUGAGGACCAGAGUAAGUAUCGUGAAGAGCAGGAGUUUUAUGGGUUCAUGCCGCGCACUCAGAAGAGAGCUCGAGUGCGACUGAACUCUAGAGGGACUCGCAUAAUGAAGCACGUCAGACGGCCAAGCAUCGAGCAAUCUUCUGGCCAGCUCUCCGUCUCUAAGGCUGUCAUAUCUGCCGCGAAGGCGAGUUCUGCCGCGGCUUCGGCGACGAAACGCUCGUCACAUCCAGGACUGGCACACGCAGACUCGGCCAUUUAUUUGACUCCGACAAUGGAAAAUGUACAGACGUCAUACGGAAACUCGGAUGUUAUGCAAGAUGGCGCCCGGCCAGUGAAUAGCACAGGCCCGUCGUUGAAGUCAUUGGCACAUGCAACCAGCAUGGAGAGCAACUCCCACGCUGAGACACGACAGGAGGGAAGUUAUCUGAGCCCCAGCGCGAAGACCCUAAAUGCGAACAUCAACGUUGCCAAAAAGUCAUCUGGAAGAACCAAUAGAUACGAGUCACGCAGCAAAUCGUGGAAUGGGAUACUGCCCCUGCUUCCUCGACAAUUGUCUGUGGAGUCUCGCUCGAAACGCCAUGCCGCCGCUGCCAGUGCGAAGAACGAGGAGCAGGUUUUGACGGGAUGGGGCAAAGAAGGCAAGGAGCCGCGCAAGAAGACGUUCAGUACACUUAGGAGCCUGCGCUCUAGGAGGAAAAAGACCGCCGAAAGUUUGCAAUCUGACCAGCUAGGAGUGACUGGAAGCCCAUCAACAAUGAGUGCGGAAGAGUUUGGAAUUAGCGAUCAAAGCCAUGCAAGACCAUAUCGAAGUCCCACAGACACAAGGUCAACGGAUGGAAACGAUGGAUCCCUAUCCGCGGCUGUGGGUGUCACUGACUACGCAAGUAUGGGCAGCCUGCCAACAGCAGGGUAUCCCAAGAACCUUGCGAUGCCGCAGGAAGUGUCGUCGGAGCAUGAACAGAACGGAACGCAUGCGAUUUCAGAAGCCGGCAUGAGCAACAGUGGACCCGAUGUCGGGAACACUACACCUGUAACAUAUGAAACGGAGUUGGGGCUUCCGUCGUUCAGAGGAAAUGCGCCCUGGACAAGGAAUAGACCGGCAAACGAGAAUCUGAAAGCGAUAUCUGCGGCAGCGCACAAGAGGCUCGGGGCUCAGAGCGACAUACAACCGCAACCAAAUGCGCGUGCUUCCAAUUCGUUCUUCCACAACUCGGCGAGCAAAAUGUUCGGAUCUAAGUCCGGGGCUACACCAGCGUUUGCCACGUCACUGCCGAAUAGCACUGGGAACGCAAGUGGAGGUGGACAUACGUCAUCCGGUCACAGUGAAAAGGGAUUCUUCCGAAAGUGGCUGUGGAAACGACGUUAGCGGUUGGACGAAGGGACUGCAGCUUAAUGCCUCGAAAACGUAAAAGAUUUUUUUUUCUU